CCAUCGGGAGAGCGUGUCUGAGUGGCAGGGGGAGCCAACAUGGCCAAGCCUCUGCUGAAGAUACAGCGCUACUUCCGCAGGAAACCCGUGCGAUUCUUUUCCCUCAUCCUCCUCUACCUGACGGCCGGGAGCCUCGUGUUUCUGCACUCCGGCUUUGUCGGGGACAGCGGCCCCGGAGCCAGAGGGGGCCGGGACUCGCUGGUAGCUUCCGAGAUGGGCAGCCGGACUUCGCUGUCUGACGCUCGAGGGCUCGGCAUCAUGAGCCGAGUGUUUAAGGAGACGCGCAGGUCGGGACGGAGGUUCGGACCCCCGUGGAUGAAAAAGGCCAGGCAGGAGGGUCAGGAGGUGCGCAGGGGCGGAGACUACACCAACAACUGGAACCGUGCACUCAAAGGACGCAGUGCCAAAGACGUAGAUGAUGGAAGAGCAAAGUACAUCGGCUGCUACAUCGAUGACACACAGAAAAGAGCGCUGAGAGGAGUUUCCUUUUUCGACUACAAAAAAAUGACUGUGUUCCGUUGCCAGGACAACUGUGCAGAAAGGGGUUACAUGUACGCCGGUUUGGAGUUCGGAGCCGAGUGCUACUGCGGCCACAAGAUCCAGACGGCCAACGCCUCGGAGAGCGAAUGCAACAUGGAGUGCAAAGGAGAGAAGAGCAACCUGUGUGGAGGAGCCAACCGGCUGUCCAUCUACAGGCUGGAGCUGAGCCAGGAGUCAGCACGCCGCUACGGCAGCGCCAUCUUCAAAGGGUGUUUCCACAGGCCGGACAACGUCACGCUGGCUCUCCCCUUCAGCGCCGUCAUCCAAAACAUGUCCGUGGAGAAGUGUGUGGACACGUGCACGGAGAAGGAGAAAACGCUGGCUGUCCUGGCCGGAGAUCGAUGUCACUGCGGCUUCCCGACCCAGCUUUUCUCUCUCCACGAGCCGGAGAACGAGGACAUGUGUCUCAACCGUUGCCACGGCGAAGAGUUCGAGAGCUGCGGGAACGACGAGUACUUCGUAGUGUACCAGACGCAGGUUCAAGAUAACAGGUGCAUGGACCGCCACUUCCUCCCGUCUCGUGCCAAGCAGCUGGUGGCCCUCGCCAGUUUUCCCGGAGCCGGCAACACCUGGGCUCGCCACCUCAUAGAGCUCGCCACCGGCUUCUACACCGGCAGCUAUUAUUUUGAUGGCUCCCUUUAUAAUAAAGGGUUUAAAGGGGAGCGGGACCACUGGAGGAGCGGCAGGACCAUCUGCAUCAAGACACACGAGAGCGGCAGGAAGGAGAUCGAAGCCUUUGACUUGAGCAUCAUCAUGAUCCGAAACCCUUACAAAGCCCUCAUGGCGGAGUUUAACAGAAAAUAUGGCGGCCAUAUUGGAUUUGCCUCGCAGGCCCACUGGAAAGGAAAAGAAUGGCCCGAGUUUGUGAGGAACUACGCUCCUUGGUGGGCGUCGCACACGCUGGACUGGCUCAAUUACGGGAAGAACGUGCAGGUGGUCCACUUCGAGGAUCUGAAGAGGGACCUGUUCUCCAAGCUGAAGGGCAUGGUCCAGUUUUUGGGCCUGAAGGUUUCCGAGGACCGCCUGCUCUGUGUCGAGGGCCAGAAGGACGGGAACUUCAAACGAUCGGGGCUGCGGAAGCUCGAGUACGAUCCCUACACUCCCGAGAUGCGAGCGAACAUUAAUGAACUGAUCAGAACAGUAGACGCCGCCUUGAAGAAAAGAAAUAUGUCGGGCGUUCCAGAGGAAUACAUGCCAAGAUGAUAAAUGUGAUCUCCUCGUUUCCCUGUUUCUCCUUCUAUAAUUGGACGUUUCUGUCAACAGACUCUGCAUCAUAUUUUGUAGGAUCACAAGACUUAGAUAGUUAUUAUUUUUCUUUGAAGUCAGAAAGGUUAAAGCCGUAGUGAGAAGUCGGUCUCCUUACCCUCCUGUUUUCUCCACUCUGUCACCCUCUUUUCAUUUUCCUUCAGCAGCUUCAUGCAUUAAUAGAAGCGGCAGUUUGAAGCGUGGAGGCUUGUUUCUCUCUUCUGCUUGAUUGAAAAGCACUUCUCAUCCUGCUCCGUGCACAUGUGCUGCGUUGGCAUGUGCACACGCCUUAACAUGAACAAGGUACACUAGCUGUGACGACAGAAAGCCUCGUCUGACUGUGACGGGAGACUUGCUGCCAGAGAAAAACACAUUUCACCUAAAAAAGAUGAUAUACAACAACUGCAAAUUGUGUUUUACAAGCUUAUUUUGUGCAAAACAGAAAUAAGAAAUCAAAAAAAAAAAUCAAGAUGUACGAAUCUUCUGCUGCUAUCACAGUUAGAGAGAAUUAAAAAAAAAUCUAUUUUCUACAUUAACUUUAAAAAUUGUAGCCCUUUGAGGGGGAAAAAUGCAAUAUGCAGGCUCUAAGUACCUGAUGCUGAUACUGUGUGUUUCCAAGGUUUUGUAAGUUAUUCAACUUACUGUGCGUAAGAGACAUCAUGUUUUCAAUGAUGAACAGGUGAAAAACUCUCAGCUCCUCUAAUUCAAGACGAAUAAUCCCUCUUGAAGGCACUGACUGAAGGAGAGAAGAGGAUUUAUCUCCGGUGUGCUGCGCUGCACACACUGACUAAUUUGUUCGUGAAGAUGUUUUUUUCCUAACACUGGACUCGACGCAGAAAUCCAAAAAGCACCUCGCUGUGCAAACACUCGCCCCAAAGAUCACUGAGAAAUUAGGCAUUACACAAGUUAGAGACGAUAGGUUUCCCUUAGUAGUAGCAUUUGUUAGAGAGUUUUUUUUUUUCUUUUAGGACGGUUAUUAUUAUGUUUUUAAUGCUUUGUUUGUUAAAGGAGCUCUGAAAUGGUUAAAGCUGUUGAUCAUUUUAAUCUUAAUAUUUCAGAAAAAUAAAAAAACAAAUAAUCUCCUUAAAAGUGUGAAAAAUCCAGCUCAGACUUUAUAAGCAGCACGUCUUAUAACAGUACUCAAUGUGCUAUGCCAUAUGCUUAAAAAUAAACAUAUAUAAAUAAAUAAAUAAAUACAUAAAAGACUGAUGAGUGACAGCCAGGAAACAUGAACUGACCGUCAUUUUCAGUAUGAUAAGAAUAAAAUAAUCUAUUUUUAUAGUGUGUCCUCACACAUCAACGAUAUUUGUAAUGCAACAGGCAGAACGGGAGAAGUGGUUUCUAUUUUUAACACACAUGCUUUAAAAACCUGAUCGGCUGUUGCUUCCAUUGACAAGCCAGCACUUUGUCAACAUAGGUGUCACAUUUGAAUGUAUUUUCUAUGGAAUGAAUGUGAUGUGAUAAGGCCCAAUAAAUGACUACAUAAACUGAC